AUGGCCGGCAACAACAUCCUCGGUCGAGACUUCGUUAGGCCGCCGCCUGCCUGCGCCGGCGAACGAGGCGGUGACGCCCGGGGAGGGAUCGGCGGCCGCGGCGGCCGCGGCGGCGACGCCCCCUUCGGCGGACGCCCCGGGAAAGGAGGGGCAGGCGGGUGCGGAUCCGUCCGCGGUGGCGCCGGAGGCGACGGAGGGAGGGGCUCCUUCUCUGUGCCCGGCGGGGAAGGAGGAAAAGGAGGGAGGGGGGGCCGACGCGGCGGUGCCGGUGGCCGCGGCGGCGACGGCGGCUUCCUCGCGCCCGGAGGGAAAGGUGGUAAAGGUGGGAAAGGCCGCCGCGGCGGUGCCGGUGGCCGCGGCGGCGACGGCGGCUUCCUCGCGCCCGGAGGAAAAGGUGGUAAAGGUGGGAAAGGCCGCCGCCUCGGAGGGAAAGGUGGUAAAGGCGGGAGAGGCGGCUUCUUGGCGCCCGGCGGGGAAGGCGGUAAAGGUGGGAAAGGCCACCGCCUCGGAGGCGCCGGCGGCGUCGGCGGGACAGGCGGCUUCCUCGCACCUGGCGGAGAAGGCGGAGAAGGAGGGGACGGCUUAAUCGGCGGGUACGGCGGACGCGGUGGAGAUGGAGGCUUCAGUGGCCCCGGCGGUUCUGGAGGAUCCGGCGGCGGCGGCUCCGCCGGUGACGGCGCACUCGGUGAAGUCGGAGGGAUGGGCGUCCUCGGAGGGCCUGGCGGGCUUGGCGGAGAGGGCGGGUCUGGUGGGCCGGGGGCGCACAUGCAGCAGGAGUAG